GAGUUUCUGGUUUCCUCCUCGUUUUCGUUGGAUCAUGGAUUAAUUAUAAAUAUUGCAGCCAUCCAGGGACUUCAACCACUUUAUUUCGACAUUGGCUUGGUGAGUUUAGUCAUUGGUGACAGACCCGGCAGAGCGACCAAUCGAUCAAAACUCAAAACUCAAAACCAAUGGGCGGACAGUGGGUGGUGAAGAAACCUAGCCGUAGCGACGAGGUGUCAGACGCUGAUGAACAGCUGAGGAUCGCCGAGGAGAUCAGGGCUCACUUCGAUUCCAUAACACCCAAGCGGCCCAAGAAACCCAACCGAAGCGAAACCGAUAUUACCACGAUUACCACCACCGAGUCUGACCAGAUCUCCACCUUUGAGGGGGAUAACAUCCCUGAACUCCACAAGUUUCUUUAUCUUCAGUCACAAUCCCUGCCCAUCUCUGUAAAGGAGGGAGAUUCUAUAGUACAAGAGGAGUUUGUGGAGACCCAAUACUACAAGGAGUUUAAUUCUAUCGACAAACAGCACCACACGAUAGGAAGUGGGUUUAUAAAGAUGAUGGGAGAAGGUGGAGAUGGAUAUGGUCUUGGCAUCCAAAGAAGCCAUGAUGGGGGAACAAGAAAGCCGAUGACGAGGUUCAGAAGCAACCCUGCAACGAACGACUGGGUCCCAAGCUUUGAAGAAGAGCACCAACGAGAGGUAACCUUCAUCUCUUCCAAGCCCAGUCGGAGCGAAAGUUUGGUAGAUGGUUGAGACCUAUUGGGAAGACAAAGAAGAGUGUAAUAGAUUAUUUUAUUUUAAUUUGAUAAGCAAUUGUAAUUGACUAAUUUAUCCCUGUACACUGCUCAAUCUCCCAUGGAAGAUAUAAGGAUAAGAACAAAACGAAAGAAUAAAUCAAGUGCUUCAUGCACCAACCCACAAUUCCACCAA